AUGGCGACUGAGGCGCCUAUGUCUGUCGACGGCGAGGAGGCCGUGCCGCUGCCGGAGCGUUUCCAGCAGCUGCGUCACCGCCUCCAUGGCCACUGGGGCACCUCCGCCGAGGCAGACCUCUUGGAGGCGAUGCAGGAGUUGCACACGUGUCUCGUUGCUCGCAGUGCACAGACGCACCGACGAGUCGAGGAGCUCAGCCAGCGUGCCACCGCUGCCCAGGUGUCUCUCGCCAACACGCUCAACUCGCUGAAGCUUCUUUCUCAGCAGCAGUUCGUGCAGCACCGCAUCGCCACGGAGGAUCUCCAGCUGCGACAGCGCGCAGCUGCGGAGUCGGACAGCGAGGAGGCGGACGACGGGAGCAGCGACGGAACGGCAAGCGCCAACCAGGACCUCGCCCCUGGGCUACCCGCUUACGCGACGAGGGAGGCGGCGGUGCGUCGUCGCAUGCACACCUAUGUGAAGAAGUGCAUGGAGUCGCUUGCAGAGGAGGGCGUGCGGGUGCCGUUCUGCCCCUACGAUGUCGCGGAGUUGGCGGCGGAGAGCCCAUAUUCCCACCGUCGCCUGUGCGGGCUUAUAGGCACACCGGCAUUCCUGUACGAUGUGGACAUCGGGUGCCGGCGGGGAGAGGAUGGCCUGAACGGGGCGGCGGUGAAGCAGCACCAGUCGCCUCCGUCGCAGCCCGUCUGCCCCCCCGCCGCUGCUCCUCCUGCCGCUGUUAUUGGACUUCCGUCUGCUCCGGCUAAGCCCCUCUCUUUACCAAGCGCUGCAGCGACAACUUUCGUGACGUCGCCGCACGCGACAGCCGCAAGCGCAUCCGCCGCACCUACAGCGAAGGCGGUACCGGCGAAGGACGCGGCCGUGUCGAAGAAGGAGCGGCGGCGGGCGUUGUUCAGCUCCUCCUCGUCCUCUGCAUCGUCAUCGGCCUCACCGUCUGCUGCCCCGGCGCCGUCGCCUCCGCCACUAGGAAAGCGUAGAGCUGCCGUACCGGCGCGUCCGCUGAAGUCCGCUCCGGUCAAGAAGGGUGUGCGCAACUUAUUUGGCUCUUCUUCCUCCACCGUCAGCAGCAGCAGCAGCAGCAGCAGCAUUGUCAGUGGUCGCGCUGAGGCAGCGGAUCGCCCGGUGGACUCUCCGACGUCGUCAUACCUCUCGUCCGGUGAUGACUCGAGACCACCGCCGGCGGCGGUAUACAAGUCAAGCAACUCGUCGACACCGCCUCGUGCCGCUUCAACCUCGCUGCACUCUUCUCGAGUUUCAUCGGCGUCGUCUGAUGCACUGACGUCGCCACCCUCCAAGUUGACACCGACGUUUUCGGCUGCUGCCACCCCAGCGCUAUCAUCAGUGCCCCCGCCACCGUCCUCUUUAGCAGCAGCGCCGGAGGCUUUUGCGCCGCCACUGCCGCCUCCUCCCCCGCCUGCGGCCGCAACGGCAUCUGCAGCUCUGCCACUACCGCCGCCACCGGUGUUUCUGUUCGACACUGUGUCCGCCAUAGGUGCGCCGGCAUCACCGCCACCAGCUGCAGCGGCACCGCUCCCCACACUUCCGUUGGAUGCCCCGCCGUCUCGCACGGGUGCCGUUGCAGCGGCAGCUCCCUCGCUGCCCCGACGAGGCGGCAAAGUGCUGAGCACGUCGUCGGAUGACGACACUGAGGGGUGA